AAUCAUUCUUGGGGUGGGAACUGUAAAGACCGUGGCUUAGAUUGCUUAGAUCGCUCACAGAAACUGUAGGCAAAAUGCAUGACAAUGUGGAGAAAGGCUUUACACAAACCAAAGUGCUGGCAAACCCAGGUUAUCUGCAUUCUAAAGAGCAUUCUAAUAAAGUUACCUCACACUGGGCCUUAUAUUUCUUCUCAACCAUAUGUCUGACAAUCAUACUGUGUGGAAUGAUUACUACGUUAGGAGCACUUAGAACUAACUGCAAUCAAAAGCCCUCAGUAUAUCUUGAAGCUGUGUGCCCAGAAAGCUGGAUUGGUUUCCAAAGAAAGUGUUUCUAUUUUUCUGAUGACAUCAAGAAUUGGACAUCAAGCCAGAUAUUUUGUGACUCACAAGGUGCUGACCUUGUUCAGGUUGAAACUCUCCAGGAACUGAAUUUCCUGUUGAGAUAUAAAGGCCCAUCUGACCACUGGAUUGGUCUGAGCCGAGAACAAGGCCAAGCCUGGAAAUGGAUAAAUGGUACUGAAUGGACAAGAUGGUUUCCCAUCAGAGAAGGAGGAGAGUGUGUCUACUUGAAUGACAAAGGUGCCAGUAGUGCUAGGCACUACACGGAGAGGAAGUGGAUUUGUUCCAAACCACAUACAUAUGCCCAGAUGAAGCAGCAAAGCCCUAACUAAUCUUCAGAAGCAACAUUGGAAUGAAUAACUUCAUUAAAAACUAGAACUAACAAACACUA